CCCACUUACACGCCGCCACCCAAAACCGUCCAGAGUGAGAAAAACACGCAAAGUCCAUGACAAUCGAGAGGCCUCCAUCUACGCGAAUAUAUAUAUGUAUAGCACUCUCAUUCUUCACAUAGCAUUUCCCAGUACACACAAGGAUGAUGGACCAAACUCCUACUACUACCAGUGCCUCGACUCCAACUUUACUUCCUCGUGUCACCAUCCGCUUUUGUACGCAGUGCAAGUGGAUGCUUAGGGCAGCUUAUUACGCCCAAGAACUCCUCUCAACCUUUUCCACCUCUCUCGGCGAGGUCGCUCUCCAGCCCUCAACAGGCGGCACUUUUGUCGUCGACAUCACUUACGCCGCCACCACUCUGGACAACCAAGCUUCCACCACUCGCGAAAUACAGCAAAAGACAAUCUGGGAUCGCAAAACAGACGGCGGCUUCCCCGAAACCAAGGAGCUCAAGAGGCGGGUGAGAGACGUGAUUCAACCGGAGAGAAAUCUGGGGCAUGUUGAUCGGGAUUAUUAUUCCAAGAAGCAACAGCAGCAGCAGCAGCAGCCGGCUACGGAAGCUACUACUAUGGAAGCUACCAGAACCAAGUCUACGGAGGCUGCUGCCCCCCCGCAGCAAAGUACCUCUAACAAGACAGAGUGUGCCGAUUGCGAUAACUGGAUGACUGAGGAAACUUACAAGGGGGGGGAUUUUGAAGGAGGGCAUGCUGGUGGGAGUGGGAGGCAAAGCGGAGAGCAGAGUAAGACGACGGGGGAAGGAACUGGAACUGGAACUGAUACGAGGGGAGGUAGCGGAGAAAAGAAGACGGCUGAUUCUAGCUGGAUGACUGAGGAGACUUAUAAGGACUUGGAGGGUGGACAGUGAAUUAGGGGAUAGAUGGGUGGGAUAUUGGAGAAAGGAGGGAUAUCUGGUUAGAUGGUUGUGGGUUGUGGUUCCGAAGGUUAGAUAACUAGUUGGGUUGGAAUACUCUCUCUCUCUCUCUCUCUCUCUCUCUCUCUCUCUCUCUCUCUC